AUGGUUUUAAUCUUCAGGAGAGUAAUGCAAUUAGCUGGACUCUCAUUAUCUUUGCUGGGAUGGGUUUUAUCCUGUCUCACAACUUACUUGCCACAGUGGAAGAUUCUUAACUUAGAGCUAAAUGAAAUGGAGAACUGGACCAUGGGACUCUGGCAGACUUGCGUUUUCCAAGAGGAAGUGGGGAUGCAGUGUAAGGAUUUUGAUUCAUUCUUGGCUUUGCCUACUGAGCUGAGGAUCUCUAGGAUUUUAAUGUUUCUGUCCAAUGGAUGUGGAGUUCUAGGUCUGCUGGUGUCUGGGUUUGGUUUGGAUUGCUUGAGAAUUGGAGAAGGGCAAGGAGAACUCAAGAAACGGCUGAUGAUCCUGGGAGGAAUUCUGCUGUGGCUGUCAGGAAUUACAGCCCUCAUCCCAGUGUCUUGGGUUGCCCACAUCACAGUUCAGGAAUUUUGGGAUGAGACCAUUCCAGAUAUUGUCCCCAGAUGGGAGUUUGGAGUAGCUCUUUUUGUUGGCUGGGUUGCUGGAUUUUCUCUUCUCCUUGGAGGGUUUCUACUUACCUGCGCAGUCUUUUCAACUCAAGCUCCAUCAGGCCAUUACACAGUGGCAGAAAUGCAAGCUCGGUGUCCACACCUGGAAGUGGGAAACAGAUCCUAAAGUGUAGGACUUUUUGGAAAAAAAGGGGAGAGACGUUUCGUUUUAUUGUGGAAAGGCAAUGUAAAAGAAC